AUGCCAGAGAAUUCUGGAGGAGCUGUAGAGCAAGGUAUUAUGGAGGGAGGAGAAGGUGAAAUACAAGCCUACAAAUCCCGCAAGACUAGCGAAGCCGGAGGAACUGAUAUGGUACGACGAAUUCUCCCAAAGCAGGAGGAAGGGAACAGCCCUCCCCUCGACUCCAUCAUACCCGCUAGAUCUGCAAAGCGACGCUGCGUGUCUAGUGCGUGUAUUCCUUGCCGCAGAAGAAAAUCGAAGUGCGAUGGCGCGUCCCCUGCUUGUUCCACAUGCCUUGCUGUCUACCAAACCGAAUGCACCUACGACUUUGACGGAGAUCACCGGAGAAAGGGAGCACUGAAGAGGGACAUCGAGCAGCUGAAGGAGAAGAACGACUCCCUGGAUGUCAUCGUGGCAACUAUACGAUCCGCCUCUGAAUCCGAGGUCUGUGAGAUUGUCAGCCACAUACGUGAGCAUGGAAGCCUGGCGGAUAUUGCGAGGAGCAUAAAGGAGAAUACGGCCAUGCCAGAUUGUGAGGUGCAUUCGGGCUCUGAGACAGACCUUUCCGACAUUGUGGAGAAGUUUCGUACUGGGGACUCAAAGCACUUAUGUGUUCUCUGGUCCGGCGUAGCCUCGGUGGACGGUGAGCGGGUGGGCCGUAGUGAUUCACGACAAUGCUCAGGCUCUUGGACCAGGGUUACCAAGGAUAUAGAAUUUAUUUCCGAUCUCAUGUCCCUAUACUUCACCUGGUGCCAUCCUUCCUAUGUUUUGUUCUCGAAGUCCUGCUUCUUGAGCGAUAUGAGCCGAGGCCGAACCAAGUACUGCAGCUCACUGAUGGUGAACGCAAUCCUGGCAUUGGCGUGUCAUUACUGUGAUCGAAAGGAAGCGCGGGAGACCGGUAGUCUUGCAGUCAUGGCAGACCACUUUUUCCAAGAGGCGAAGCGGAUCCUAGUGGCUGAAGGGGAGACCCCUUGCCUGACCUCCGUUCAAGCUUUGGCCCUCAUGUCACUACGGGAGGCCGGGUGUGGCCGAAACUCGAGUGGAUGGAUGUACUCUGGACGGGCGUUUCGGAUGGCGCUGGAUUUGGGGUUGAAUUUACCUCUUGAUUGGCAAGGCUUUUCGCCUACCGAGACAGAAGUGCGGAAGAUUACAUUCUGGGGUUGCUUCACCCUCGACAAGAUGUGGUCCGUAUUUCUUGGACGAGUUCCGCAACUCCCGUCGACUAUUGUUGGUAUUUCAAAACCGAAUGUAUUUCCACCUAUUGAAUCGGAGCCCUGGCAGCCCUACACCGACCAUGGAGUGCCCCACGGAACGCCACAAUCUGGCCGAGUGCAAGGCGUUGCCAUUCACUUCGCGGAGGUGUCCGAGAUUCUUGGGGAUGUAUUGACAUUGCUGUAUUCUCCAAAGGAGAGGGUGACUCUCCAGAUACUCAAUGCCACUUAUUCUCGACUAAAAGAGUGGAAAGCGCAGCUUCCGGAAGACAUGGCACCAAAGGCUACCUCUCUUCCUUCCACGCUUCUACUCCAUCUCUAUUAUCACUGCACCAUCGGUCUCCUAUUCCGCCCCUUCUUCGCAAAGGAGUUGAAUUUCUUCGGUGAGAACCCGCGUGAAAUCUGCCGCCAGGCCGCCAACGAUAGUGCAGAAGUGUUCGGACUCUUCCGCGAAGGAUACUCUCUCCGUCGCACUGUAAUCACAAGCUCACACAUAAUCCUUGCCAUGGCAAUACUGAUGCUCGUUGACCUGCCUUCCUCCCCCGCGGUUGAAACAACAUUAGUCCAGUGCCUUAAAGACCUCAGAGAAUUAACUAGCGUGUGGGUGUGGUGCACUUCAGCACUCCAGGGGAUCGCAAAGCUAGUUGAGAGACUAAACGUCGAACUUCCCGAGGAAGCCUGGGGCGCUCUUUCCGCACCCCCGAGCUCCCCCCCCAUGCGUGAACAGGAUAUUAACGUCAUCCACGCUAGUUACGACUUGAUGUCGGGGAAUUCUCUGCCAUACUCUAAAGUUAAGAUCGAGGUUCCUCACGAUCUCGUCGAAAUCAGCGAGGAUAGCUGCGAUCCAAGCUGGGAUCAGCUCGGCAACGAGGACUUUCAACUUGUUGAAUCGAUGAUUAGCUUCCCAAGUCAGUUUGAGGACUGGGGCUGCAUCGCCUCCGAUAUUUGA